AGACAGACAGGACAAAGUGGAUCAGACAACAGACAGACAGGACAAAGUGGAUCAGACAACAGACAGACAGGACAAAGUGGAUCAGAUAACAGACAGUCCAGACAAAGUGGAUCUAGCCAAUCUGACAACACAGUACCAGGAUACAAGGAACAAUGGAAUGAUGAGUCAGGACAAAAUGUCAACAGUCCAUCACAGGUGUCAACAAGUGAACCAAUGGAUCAGAACAUUGACAGAGUUCAAGUUCAGACUAAGGUUUAUAGCAAUCCCAUUGGAGAUUCACAUGGAGGACAGAGUGUUGGAGCACAGAAUAUGGCAACAACAUCCCGCAGUACAGAGGGCCAAACAGGUCCAAAUGUCUCUACCAGAAAUGAUGGAAAUCAAACAGAGGCAGACUUCACUGCUACAUUAAAGCUUGGUAGACUUCAAACGAAAAUUUUGUCAUCCAUACCAAUAAUAGAAGAUUUAAGACAAAAAUUUAAAAAUUUGAAAUUAGAACAAGGUGGCAGUCACGGUCUACAAAUUGUUGGAGAUAAGACGACUGUCAUUAGAGUUGAAGCAGAUAUCCAGAGUCAGCUGAAGGAAAUAGAGAAAGAGAAAGUUAACUUGUCCAGCAGAGAUAUGCGACCUGAGCAGUUGAGCAUGUUAGGAGUCGGAACUGUACUGGACCAUAUACAGGAAUGUAUCAGACGUCAGCAUCUGGCCUGUUACCUAGGACAGGAUAAAGAUGCUACAGUGGUGUAUGCUACUGUAGCCGACAUGGACAAGGUUCUCCAAGUGAUUCAGUCUGCCAUUUUCUACAGAGAAUUUGAGAAAGACGUCCCUACAUGGAGGUUAUUCUUGGACUCACCAGAUGUACAGGAGGAAGUACGUGACUUGCAGGAGAAGUACAAUGGCAGGGUUGUCAUAACACAGGGAAGUUCAAUGAAGCUGGUAUGUACUUCUGAUCUUACUGAUGUUGUAUUAGAAAUUUUAAACAAGAUGAAAGAAGAUUUCUCACAAGUAGGAACAAAAACAUUUCUGUACACACCAGUUGGAUACCUGACAGUAAAACUCUGUGCUAAAGUACUGCAAGAUCAUCUUGAUAGCAUAGAAAAGAAAUAUGGUGUUGAAAUUCGUCCCGUCCAGAAGAAAGAAAAACAGGGAUGGAUAGUAAAAGGUCCAAAUGGAACACUGGAGAAAGCUUGUGAUGAUGUGAAGAAACACACCGCAACAGCAAAAAACCUUUGGCUUAAAGACAAGGUCAGCAAAGACUUCUUUGAAUCAAAACAGGGACAGGACUUGAUGGUGGGAGUUGGUGAGGAUACAGGAUGUCACGUGACCAUGGUGAAACAUGAAGUUGAUGUGACUGAAGGGAAAACAUCGAGGUCUGACAGACAAGGAUCAGCCACACAGCAAUCCUCUAAUCUGGCUGGAUGUCGGUGGAGAACAGGAGAUGGACCAUAUGUAGCACUGUACUGUAGAGAUGGCAGCAAGUCUACAUCUGAUGUCUUGGUGAAGCUGGAAAGAGGAGACCCUAGUACAGUCAAUUUUGAUACUCUUGAUGAAACGAAGAGUGGUGUUACUCUGAAUCUUCCUGACUGGAAAGAUGGAAAGAACCAGGAAAAGAAUACAAUUCGUACAGACUUUAAGGAAAUCAUGACCGCAGCUGCCGAGAGGAAGGCAACAUCUUUGACUAUUCUUUUGGAUGGCUGUAGAUCUAGUGGAUGGGGCGAAAAGAAAGCAUAUACAUUGUUAGUCAAAAGCACUCUGUAUGUAUUAAAGGAGGAUAAUGCAGAGGCCUGUUCCUGUUCCUACUUCCUUCGUGACCAAGAGAUGUUCAAGUUGUUACGGGAUGUGAUUGAUGACAGGUUUAGAAAUGACACAUCCCUGACUAUAACAGAUACAACGGAGGAAAUUGGAGAGGAUUGGGAUGUUAUUGAUAAAAGUGAUAUCAGAGGAAAGAAACCUGUGAUUGUUCAAGGAGAACUAGCCAAAAUGACGAGUGAAGUCAUUGUAAACACAACAAGUACACAACUGAAGCUGAGUCAAGGUGCUGUAUCUACGUCCAUACUUAAGGCAGCGGGCCAAGAAAUACAGCGAGAGUGUAACCAGUAUCAUCAUGGUGUGAAGUGGGGAGAGGUGGCUGUCACACAUGGAUACAAGUUGAAAUGUGAAAGUGUCUUUCACGGAGCACUUCCAGAAUAUCACACAGAUCAACAAUUAAAGUGUAUGAUAUUGUUUAUGAAGAACUGUCUGAAGAAAGCUGAAGAGAGGAAAUAUAAAACAAUAUCAUUCCCUGCCCUUGGUACUGGUAACCUUGGUUACCCCAGGGAUAAGGUGGCCCACACGAUGUUUGACACAGUGAACAACUACUUCGAGGAAAGGCCUGAUUCCUACAUUGAGUGUGUUAACUUUGUGGUUUAUCCCAGAGAUAAAGGUACAAUCAAGGCAUUUGAAGAUGAAGACAAAAAGCAAAAGGAAAGAAGCAGUAAAGGCAAAGUUUCUGUGCCAACACACCCUGUGUCAGAGAAGACUGGAGUACAGCUAAGGUAUGGAAAUGUCGACCUCUGGGUGACCCUAGGACAGAUCGAAAAGACAACAGCUGAGGGCCUCAUCAUCUUCUGGGAUUCAAAAACACUCCACGAAACUCCCUUACAAUGUUCCUACUUCAAUGAAACUGUAAAUCCAAGAGGAGUCAAGGAUCUGCAAGACAAACGAACAUCAAUGGUCAACAAAGGUGAGCUGGCUGUGACCGUCGCUGGUACUCUCAGUUAUAAGUCAGUCAUCCAUUGUCUGUUAAAGGAGGAUAAUCAUUUCCAGUUGGAAACUGUGAUGUCAGUCUUGACUGAAGCUGACAACUGCAAGCUAUCUUCUGUAGCCUUAUCUCUUAGCAAGACAGGACUAUGGACAAGAUCAAAACAAAUAAUUGUGAACCAAUUCCAUGAUGCAUUGAAGCAAUUUGAAGGACGAAACAAGACCUUGAGAUAUGUAGAAAUAAUAUCGGAUUCACCCGAAAUAUACAACUCCAUAGAAUCACUUAUCAGGUCUUCAUAUGGUAGCCGACUUGUGGAAAGUAAGACUGGCGUUGGUGAGGAUAUCCCUGGAGCUACAGGAGGUGUCCGGAGCAGACGUGAGGCUUUGGAGGAAACUUCUCACCAUAAAUCUGCUGAAAACUCCACUCAGAUGUCAGAUGAUGUCAAUUUAGUAGUUUCUAGCAAAUCAGAAGGCAGCAUUGAGAAGGCCAUUCAACAACUCAAAGACAAAAUCAAUGAUUUACAGGUUUUAAAGAAACAACAGUUUGAUCAAUCGACAAUCUCUACAGCUGCUUCUGACCCAACACUGCCUCCACGCAGGAAGAAGACUCAUACAGAGACAAAGCCAUUAACCCCAGAGGAAAGAGAUCCUCAGAGUGAUUCUGGCACCAUACUUACAAGGUCAGAAUAUGAAGAGAUGCGCUUGCUACUUACCUCCAACAGUUCUUCACCAUUAGAUAAAGGAACGAUAGAAAACUGGAUGGAGACAAUUCCUGUUUCAAAGUCUCAAGUUGUUUGUCCAUUCCUGGAUGAUAAUGAAGCACUGAUCAUACUCCAGUCUGUCAAUGAUGCUGAAAAGCUGCUGAAACGGCUGCAAGGAAGUGGUCAAUACACUGUGAAAAAAUUCCCCAGCCAGAUUUCUCCAAAUGCUCAAGCAUUAGACUUGCUUCUUAUGGAUGAACCAGAAGAACAGAUUGAUAGAAAGGUUGAUAAAAAAUGUAUGAAACUUUCCAUUAGACAAAAUGUAGAAAGUAUCAACAUGUCUUCAAAUUCAGAUAUUCCCCAUAGUAAUCCUUCGGUGGACAGAGGCUCUGGCCAGACUGAUGGUGCAAGCAAGGGAGACAACCCAAAAGAGGAUCCAGGAGAUAUCUGUACCAGUCAAACAGCAGUAAACCAACGACAGUUCUCAGGAAAUAAAGAAAAAGGUUCACAUCAUAAGAAUUUUACAAGUGGACCAUCACCUCUGUCAUAUGAUACGUAUGAACCCAGGCGUGGUUACCCACAAAGUAGGAAUAAUGAUUACAAAGGAAAGAAAGCUGACCAAGAGGGUGACUUUAAUCGUGAAGGUGGUGCUCAUAGUGGAUACACCCCUGUAACAAGGACAAGAGCUCUACAGAUGAAGAUGCUGGAAAUUCCUUCUUCCCAACACAGAUCAGUACUGGAUAAGGUAUUAUUCACAGCAUUUACAGGAUUCACCCUGGACGAAAAUCUGGAUGCAGUAAAACAGGUUUUGCUCUCUGAUCUAAAACUUGUGGUGACAAGAGGUGGAUACCCUCCUUCUGUCUUUCCACAGCAAGGAGCCUCAGCUCCUUUAGAUAUAAGUAUAAAACGUGUCCUUACUUGUCUGUGUUAUCAACUUCAAGCUGUGAAUAUUUCUUCUACAUCCUGGGACAUUGACCAUGUCAAGGAAACUCUGUCAUCAUUGGAAAGCUACCAGAAGGGCAUUGUGAUUGGCUAUGAGGUGUCAGGUGAUACCAUCAACUACUGGCUGGCUGGGGAAGGUGGUGCCAUGAAGAUCACCAUGGAUGUUCUUACUCAGCAGAGAGGAUACAAGGAACGAUGGAAUGAUGAGUCAGGACAAAAUGUCAACAGUCCAUCACAGGUGUCAACAAGUGAACCAAUGGAUCAGAACAUUGACAGAGUUCAAGUUCAGACUAAGGUUUAUAGCAAUCCCAUUGGAGAUUCACAUGGAGGACAGAGUGUUGGAGCACAGAAUAUGGCAACAACAUCCCGCAGUACAGAGGGCCAAACAGGUCCAAAUGUCUCUACCAGAAAUGAUGGAAAUCAAACAGAGGCAGACUUCACUGCUACAUUAAAGCUUGGUAGACUUCAAACGAAAAUUUUGUCAUCCAUACCAAUAAUAGAAGAUUUAAGACAAAAAUUUAAAAAUUUGAAAUUAGAACAAGGUGGCAGUCACGGUCUACAAAUUGUUGGAGAUAAGACGACUGUCAUUAGAGUUGAAGCAGAUAUCCAGAGUCAGCUGAAGGAAAUAGAGAAAGAGAAAGUUAACUUGUCCAGCAGAGAUAUGCGACCUGAGCAGUUGAGCAUGUUAGGAGUCGGAACUGUACUGGACCAUAUACAGGAAUGCAUCAGACAUCAGCAUCUGGCCUGUUACCUAGGACAGGAUAAAGAUACUACAGUGGUGUAUGCUACUGUAGCCGACAUGGACAAGGUUCUCCAAGUGAUUCAGUCUGCCAUUUUCUACAGAGAAUUUGAUAAAGACGUCCCUUCAUGGCAGUUAUUCUUGGACUCACCAGAUGUUCAGGAGAAGGUACGUGACUUGCAGGAGAAAUACAAUGGCAGGGUUGUCAUAACACACGGAAGUUCAAUGAAGCUGGUAUGUACUUCUGAUCUUACAGAUGUAGUAAAAGAAAUUUUAAACAAGAUGAAAGAAGAUUUAUCACAAGUACGAACAAAAACAGUUCAGUACACACCAGUUGGAUACCUAACAGUACAACUCUGUGCUAAAGUACUGCAAGAUCAUCUUGAUAGCAUAGAGAAGAAAUAUGGUGUUGAAAUUCAUCCCGUCCAAAACAAAUCAAAACAGGGAUGGAAAGUAAAAGGUCCAAAUGGAACACUGGCGAAAGCUUGUGAUGAUGUGAAGAAACUUGCUGCAACAGUGACAUCAAAAAACUUUCUGCUUAAAAACAAAAUCAGCAAGGAGUUCUUUGAAACAAAACAGGGACAGGAAUUGAUGGUGGGAGUUGGUGAGGAUACAGGAUGUCACGUGACCAUGGUGAAACAGGAAGUUGAUGUGACUGAAGGGAAAACAUCGAGGUCUGACAGACAAGGAUCAGCCACACAGCAAUCCUCUAAUCUGGCUGGACGUCGGUGGAGAACAGGAGAUGGACCAUAUGUAGCACUGUACUGUGGAGAUGGCAGCAAGUCUACAUCUGAUGUCUUGGUGAAGCUGGAAAGAGGAGACCCUAGUACAGUCAAUUUUGAUACUCUUGAUGAAACGAAGAGUGGUGUUACUCUGAAUCUUCCUGACUGGAAAGAUGGAAAGAACCAGGAAAAGAAUACAAUUCGUACACACUUUAAGAAAAUCAUGACUGCAGCUGCCGAGAGGAAGGCAACAUCUUUGACUAUUCUUUUAGAUGGCUGUAGAUCUAGUGGAUGGGGCGAAAAGAAAGCAUAUAAAUCACUAGUCAAAAACACUCUGUAUGAAUUAAAGGAGGAUAAUGCAGAGGCCUGUUCCUGUACCUACUUCCUUGGUGACCAAGAGAUGUUCGUGUCCUUACGAGAUGUGAUUGAUGACAGCUUUAUAAAUGACACAUCCCUGACUAUAACAGAUACAACGGAGGAAAUUGGAGAGGAUUGGGAUGUUAUUGAUAAAAGUGAUAUCAGAGGAAAGAAACCUGUGAUUGUUCAAGGAGAACUAGCCAAAAUGACGAGUGAAGUCAUUGUAAACACAACAAGUACACAACUGUACCUGGAUCAAGGUGCUGUAUCCAUGUCUAUACUGAAGGCAGCGGGCCUAGACAUACAGCGAGAGUGUAACCAGUAUCAUCAUGGUGUAAAGUGGGGAGAGGUGGCUAUCACACAUGGAUACAAGUUAAAAUGUGAAAGUGUCUUUCACGGAGCGCUUCCAGAAUAUUCCAAGGAUCAACAAUUAAAGUGUAUGAUAUUGUUUAUGAAGAACUGUCUGAAGAAAGCUGAAGAGAGGAAAUAUAAAACAAUAUCAUUCCCUGCCCUGGGUACUGGUAACCUUGGUUACCCCAGGGAUAAGGUGGCCCACACGAUGUUUGACACAGUGAACAACUACUUCGAGGAAAGGCCUGAUUCCUACAUUGAGUGUGUUAACUUUGUGGUUUAUCCCAAAGAUAAAGGUACAAUCAAGGCAUUUGAAGAUGAAGACAAAAUUCAAAAGGAAAGAAGCAGUAAAGGCAAAGUUUCCGUGCCAACACACCCUGUGUCAGAGAAGACUGGAGUACAGCUAAGGUAUGGAAAUGUCGACCUCUGGGUGACCCUAGGACAGAUCGAAAAGACAACAGCUGAGGGCCUCAUCAUCUUCUGGGAUUCAAAAACACUUUACGAAACUCCCUUACGAUGUUCCUACUUCAAUGAAACUGUUAAUCGAAGAGGAGUCAAGGAUCUGCAAGACAAACGAACAUCAAUGGUCAACAAAGGUGAGCUGGUAGUGACCGUCGCUGGUCCUCUCAGUUAUAAGUCAGUCAUCCAUUGUCUGUUAAAGGAGGAUAAUCAUUUCCAGUUGGAAACUGUGAUGUCAGUCUUGACUGAAGCUGACAACUGCAAGCUAUCUUCUGUAGUCUUAUCUCUUAGCAAGACAGGAUUAUGGACAAGAUCAAAACACAGAAUUGUGGACCAAUUCCAUGAUGCAUUGAAACAAUUUGAAGGACGAAACAAGACCUUGAGAUAUGUAGAAAUGAUAUUGGAUUCACCCGAAAUAUACAACUCCAUAGAAUCACUUAUCAGGUGUUCAUAUGGUAGCAGACUUGUGGAAAGUGAGGAUAUCCCCGGAGCUACAGGAGGUGUUUGGAGCAGACGUGAGGCUUUGGAGGAAACUUCUCACCAUAAAUCUGCUGAAAACUCCACUCAGAUGUCAGAUGAUGUCAAUUUAGUAGUUUCUAGCAAAUCAGAAGACAGCAUUGAGAAGGCCAUUCAACAACUCAAAGACGAAAUCAGUGAUUUACCGGUUUUUAAGAAACAACAGUUGGAUCAAUCGACAAUCUCUACAGAUGCUUCUGACCCAACACCGCCUCCACGCAGUAAGAAGACUCAAACAGAUGCUGAAAAGCUGCUGACAUGGCAAGGAAGUGGUCAAUACACUGUGAAAAAAUUCCCCAGCCAGAAAUCUACAGAAACAUUGACUUGUUCAUUAGAACAGUUUCAGGAAAUAUGCUUCUUCAAUCCUGGAAUUGCUGAUCAAACGGAAGUCACGUUCAAUAAUAGUCGUACAGAAUGCAAUAUAUCCUACAGGUUUGGACGUUUUAGAAAUGCUAAGGAUCAGCUAAGACAAUAUGCCAGAAGAGAAAUUAGAAACCUGACCUAUACUGAGGAGCAAAAAUUCCAACAUUACUAUGAACGAGAGAAGUUAAACAUGGAUACUAAGAAAAUUUUAUGUAAAUACAAUCACAUGUGCAAACAAAUUCAACUCGUCGGGGAGAACGAAGAUGUCGUUGAAAAGACUGCAUAUAUGUUAUCAGAAGCUAUUGGACGACCAUGUACCCAACCAGACCAGCAAACCACAAAUCACUGCACAAGAAGUAACUUGCCGCCAUCUGGAUCUGAGGUACUGCAUACAAAGGAUGGAGCAUUGGUAUUUGUGUAUCAAGGAGACCUGCUGAAUUUGGAGGUAGAUGCAAUUGUAUAUGGUACAAAUUGCCGCGUUGAUGAUCUUCGUGGUCUGUCAGCUGAAAUUGCUCAAGCUGCUGGUUUAGAUUUUUUGAACGCAUGUAGAAAUGUGUUUCAUAAAGGGAACCUAAAUGUUAGUGACUGUUGCUGUACUACUGCUGGAGACCUACAUUACGAUUACAUCAUCCAUGCUGUUAUUCCAAUGUGGAGUGCUUACAAGAAGACAGGAACUGACAAGGAAACAAUGAAGAAACUCUAUCAGGAUGAUCUUUGUAGAACCAUCAUGAACGCUUUGAAGGAGGCAGUAAAUGUUGCAGCUAAAUCUCUUGCACUUCCAGCCAUUGGAUAUGGAGAAGAUAAAUCGGAUGAUGUGGCUGCUGCAUUCAGUGACGCUGUGACGCUAUUUUCUGAAAAGUACAGGAAAUCUUCAUUGAAGCAAAUCCACAUCGUUGACCAAAACUCCGAUAUUCUGAAAAAGAUCAAGGAUGAGCUUCUGCAGGCCAAGGAGUGGAAUCACACUACCCCAACAGUGGCUACCAGAGGAAGAAGCUCACAACAUGUAUCUGGUGCUCCCAGUGUAUCAGGAUUGUAUACAAACCUAUCUAAUUACCCCCGGUGGAUGACAAAAUCUGAAACUGGUGCAACAUGCAUGCUAUCUGAAAAGCUGAAUGUGUGUAUCGUGAAAGGAACAUAUGUUAACACAAACACUUCAGCUCUUGUAAGUAUAGAGGAUGAAAUGUUUCAAAGUAAGCGAUUUGUUGCUAGGGAAAUUGCAAAAGCAGCGGGUGAAGAGUACAAGAAGGAAAUAGACAAGUUGCGGAAGAAUAAAAAGAAAUAUCAGAUUUCAGAUGUUGUUUGUACUGGUGCAGGGGCGAUACAAAAUGUUAGGCAUGUAUUCCAUGUGAUAGGACCCGUUGCAGACAAAGACAUAUCUGGAAAAGCUGAGUUAUUCAAACGUUUUACUGACGACAUCAGAGCAUGCAUAUCCAGAGUGCUCCAAAAAGUGGAUGAAAAGAAACUGGAUUCCGUUGUUCUGCCAGUUUUUGCAUCAGGUACACUUAAACCUGGUCAAACUGAUAGGGUGUGGGAGAUUUGUAUAGAAGAGGUGGAGAAGUUUGCAGCCAGGCAAAGCUCUAAAUCAACACUGAGGAUAAUAUUUCUCGUGGGUGGACAAGAUGUACAAUUUUUAUUGCAAGUCUUUGAUUCCAAGAUAACACACAUGAAAACUGUGGUUUAAUAGCUACUUCACACAGAAAUGAAGUUUUGAGCAAUCCUUAAACACUUCAAUAGAAAGGAAAAUUUAAGAUGAAAGAAUGAAAAUGUAGAGGAUAUAUGUUAUUGGAACCAACGUUAAGAUUUGAUGGUUGGUGUGAUCAUUUCUCCUGUAUUAUUAUUUGUCACCAAAGAAGGCACCAUAUUGGGAUCACUUAUAGUUGUCUGUUAUAUCAUCUGUACCAUUAUACAUAGGCCAACAUUUCAUUGUUUGACAGUCAGACUCCAAACAUUAGCUUGAAUUCCCAGCAAAGUGCUAUUGAUUUCAGACUUACAAAAACAUUGACAUGGCAGCCAUGACAGCAAUUUUGUAACAUGAUCAUGGUUUCUUGAACAACCACCUUUUUCAAACUUCUCAAAUUCCAUCAGUGGCAUAUUCAGCUCAAACUUGGUUAGCUACAAUGAUCCUGAGAUGGCCCCUCUUGUUAAUCAGAAGUACUUGUCUGUUUUUUGUGAAGUUAAGUAUAGUAUUACUUUUAUUAUGCUAAAAUGGGCAUUCCUUAGUUUAAAUAAAGUCUAGGGUAUCAAAAUUAAACCUAGAAAAUCUGUUUUUUUUCAAAGCAGUAAAAGUUAUAAUCUUUACAUUAACAGUUUUAUUCACAAUGUAAACCAAAGUUCUACGAGUAUUAAGUCCUUAAAAAAUCUUAAUUCUACCCAAAGUAACACUAAUUACCGUAAAGACAUACGAUGUUUGCAUACGAUACGCAUUUUCCUAUAUAUUUCGGGGUUAAUUUCAGUUCAUGUAGGCACAAACACUCAUAUAAUCACCAUUCGGACAUUAUUGGAUGGAGUUGUAGUUGAGAAAUUUGGUUUUCGCUUAUUAGGCAUAAUUUAGUAACAUUUGUAUGUACAUGUACUACAAUCUGUAAAAUGACUUGUCUUUAUAUUAUUCUAUAUGUCCGCCAAAUUUGACAGGAGUAUUAUGGUAUGGUAUCAUGAUCAACUGUCGGACUCGAACGUUUGUACGGACAUUUCCUACAUUUAUUGUAUAAUUUCUGUGGGAUUUGGUAUGCAUUACAAUGAUUCAAAUAUUUUAAUUGAAUUUGGACUGUUAUUUUUAAUUGGAUUUUUGUCCGUAGAUCUCCUACAUUUUUCAAUUGAUUUGUUUAAGACCUGGUAGCCUUUAUAACUAUGAAAUAAAGCUGUGUUUUUUAUAAGAAUAGUUUUGCAAAAGUUAUUGUUCUUUUUUAUUUCUGUGUUUGAUAUUUGCCCUGAAAGCCUACAGAAAGUCUACAAAGACUGAUUUCUUUGACACUUGUAUACUUUGUACUUUGUAGGCUUUAUAAUCAUGAAAUAAAUGUAUAUGUUUAUAAUGAGUUGGAGACUACUUUGUUAACUCCUGAUCUCUGGUAUUCCUCAAGCUGAAAGUGAAAGGUGGGGGUUAAAGUACUGAUAAGUGUGCAAACCUUAUUUCAGUAGAAGAUAGUAUUUAAGUGUAACGCUGUAUGGCAUUCGAUCGUACUAUGGUUUCAAAGAUGAUUUUAUUGUUGAGGUAUCUUCCUGAAUGACAUAUGUUAAGUUUAGUAAUGUUGUCGUAUAGUUAGCCACUUAUAUUUAUCAUUGGUUAUACUCACUAACUUUUACAUUUCACCUACAUGUACCACUUACAUGUAUAUGUUUUUUUAGUACAGAAUGAAGUAUUACAGUGUAAGGAUUGAUUUAGUCUCUGCAAAUUGAAUUGAAACAGGCAUCCAUCCAGAGAUUUAAUAGUAAUAUUUAGAUCAGAAUGCCACUAAUUCAAUGUUGCUGUUUCAUGAAAUAUUAUUAGUUAUAAUAAUAAUAAUAGGCUUUGUUUAUUCUUGAUUACAUAUUGAGUCAACGACUCGUCUUACAUAUGGUCAAGUAAAAUGUACAGUAUUUACAACAUCAUUACACUAUUGAUAUCAAUAGUUAAAUAGAAAUACAACAGUUUAAUUUAAAAUAAUAAUUGGAUACAUAAAUAUGUAAUACAUGUAGCUGUAAAUAGUUAAGUAGUAAUAUAAUGAUGGACAAAUAUCACAGUUAUAUUACUUGAUAUUGACAUAUUGCACUAAUGUUCCAGUUUCCUUGUACCCUGAUCAAUCAUGCGGAGGGCUAUGCUUCUGUGUUGGUCAUAUCAACUCUUAUAAAUAUCUCACUAAUAACAUUUUGUUUCCAGCAGAGAUAUAAACAUCAAUAUGAUCUAACACUCUUGUUCAAGCAAUAAUGAAGUUAUUGAAUGAUUUCUUUUAUUUUUGUACGAUAAUAAUGAACUUGUUAAUAAUUAUAUCAUAAAUUAAGUCAUGAUUAAAUUAAAACUAAUGUUAGAUUAUAUUUAUCUGGAGAAAACAUGUUAUUAACAAUUAUUCAUUAAUGAAAACGUAAUAUGAUGUUAUGUUAAGAACACAACUUUGUAUUUUGUCGUUAUUUAUGAUGUCACAAUGAAUGUUUCCAAAUUCACCCAUUUUAUUACACAUGCUUGUGCCAUAUCGUAUUGUCAUGCAUUUAUCGGAAAAUGGUUUCUAUGUUACAUAUGUAAUGAAUGCAAAUGUACUACAUGUACAUACAUAUGUAGAUACAAACUAGUGUUUGAACACAGCUUAUACGACUGAUGACGUAUUUCCUUUGGUGUUAUACGACUGAUGACGUAUUUAAGUUGGUGUUAUACAAUUGAUGACGUAUUUCCUUUGGUGUUAGACGAUCAAUGAUGUAUUUUGUUUGGUGUUAUACGAUUGAUGACGUAUUUCAUUUGGUGUUAGACGAUCAAUGAUGUAUUUUGUUUGGUGUUAUACGAUUGAUGACGUAUUUCAUUUGGUGUUAUACAAUUGAUGACGUAUUUCCUUUGGUGUUAGACGAUCAAUGAUGUAUUUCAUUUGGUGUUAUACGACUGAUGACGUAUUUCAUUUGGUGAUAUACGACUGAUGACGUAUUUCCUUUGGUGUUAUACGAUUGAUGACGUAUUUCCUUUGGUGUUAUACAAUUGAUGACGUAUUUCCUUUGGUGUUAGACGAUCAAUGAUGUAUUUUGUUUGGUGUUAUACGAUUGAUGACGUAUUUCAUUUGGUGUUAUACGAUUGAUGACGUAUUUCCUUUGGUGUUAGACGAUCAAUGAUGUAUUUCAUUUGGUGUUAUACGACUGAUGACGUAUUUCAUUUGGUGAUAUACGACUGAUGACGUAUUUCCUUUGGUGUUAUACGAUUGAUGACGUAUUUCCUUUGGUGUUAUACAAUUGAUGACGUAUUUCAUUUGGUGUUAUACGAUUGAUGACGUAUUUCAUUUGGUGUUAUACAAUUGAUGACGUAUUUCAUUUGGUGUUGUACGAUUGAUGACGUAUUUCCUUUGGUGUUAUACGAUUGAUGACGUAUUUCCUUUGGUGUUAGACGAUCAAUGAUGUAUUUUAUUUGGUGUUAUACGAUUGAUGACGUAUUUCCUUUGGUGUUAUACGAUUGAUGACGUAUUUCAUUUGGUGUUAUACGAUUGAUGACGUAUUUCAUUUGGUGUUAUACAAUUGAUGACGUAUUUCCUUUGGUGUUAGACGAUCAAUGAUGUAUUUUAUUUGGUGUUAUUCGAUUGAUGACGUAUUUCCUUUGGUGUUAUACGAUUGAUGACGUAUUUCCUUUGGUGUUAGACGAUCAAUGAUGUAUUUCAUUUGGUGUUAUACGACUGAUGACGUAUUUCAUUUGGUGAUAUACGACUGAUGACGUAUUUCCUUUGGUGUUAUACGAUUGAUGACGUAUUUCCUUUGGUGUUAUACAAUUGAUGACGUAUUUCAUUUGGUGUUAUACGAUUGAUGACGUAUUUAAUUUUGUGUUAUAUGAUUGAUGACGUAUUUCCUUUGGUGUUGUCCGAUUGAUGACGUAUUUCAUUUUGUGUUAUAUGAUUGAUGACGUAUUUCAUUUUGUGUUAUACAAUUGAUGACGUAUUUCCUUUGGUGUUAUACAAUUGAUGACGUAAUUCCUUUGGUGUUAUACAAUUGAUGACGUAUUUCCUUCCGUGUUUUACGAUCAAUGACGUAUUUCAUUUGGUGUUAUACAAUUGAUGACGUAAUUCCUUUGGUGUUAUACAAUUGAUGACGUAAUUCAUUUGGUGUUAUACGAUCAUUUCUUUCGGUGAAAUACAGCUUACAGUGUAUGAUGGUCUAUGACUGGUGACGUGCUUGUAUUUCGUUUAGUUUGGAUAAGCAGUUGAAGCCUAGAGUGUGUUGUAUUUAUUUUUUGAAAAUCACGAAUCUUGAACAUAAUGAAUAAUCGAUAUUGAUUAUAUAUGUGGGUUGUUUAUUAGACAAAAUUGAUGCAAUUUGUUUAAUUCUUUAACGGUAUAAAAUCACGUUUUGAGUAUUUAUGAUAUAUAUAUAUAUAUUCUUUUAUGAAAUGAAUGCUUGUGUUAUUUUUUCAUGUUUAAUAAAAUAUUAACGCGUCAAUCAUUAUGAUACCCGAUAUAAGACGGAAUGUCUUACUCAUGAUAAUACAUAGUUAAGGUCUUUAUAAGAGAUUCUAUAAAUACAUAUACAAGUUUUGUUAUAUAACAUAGGAUGGAAGACAAUUUUUUGACUCGUGCCCUGACCGGGCCUCGAACGCACGAUAUACGGCACCCAAUGGCCUAGCCAGAAAUAUCCGCAACUUAUACCGCUGCGCCACAUCGGCGUUCUAAAAAACGUUUCAAUGGCGCACUGAUGGUUUUGUAAGUCGUCUAUUAGAUGAUAUGAAUACCUGGAUCGCAAUGUGUUUACAAACAUCGAUACGAAUUGAACAUAUACAAGUUUUGUUAUGUAUAGUAUUAUUAUUAUCAUUUUUUUUAUAUUCUAUAUAAAACAACAAAUGCGUGAGAACCGCACGCCGAACGCCAACUUAAUUAGAGCUGAAUGUCAAACAGAGUGCAGCAGUAAGCAACAACAUAAGAUAGCAAAUAUAACUCAUUUGAAGGGCGAACUAUCAGUAAAAUUGUCAUUAGAAAGAUGUUUUAAGAGGAGAAUAACUGAAGAUCCUGUAUGCAGUCUCAUCUUACGCCUCGACUGAAAGGCAGGAGAUUUCAGUGCAUUUUGUUAAGGACAAUGGAAAUUCAGAUUCUGUUCUGUACGCAUUGUUACAUUGCCAGUUAACCGUUGUAGUUUAACCAUUUAUUGAAUAAAAUCAUAAUUAUCAAG